AUGGACCUUAAACAAGAAUUGGAACUGAGCGAUACCAAGAGUCUGGUGUCGAAGCGGCCUCGUUGGAAGUCUAAGCUCGUUAUUGGCGGUGCUGUUACAGCAGUUUUGCUGCUAGGUGCAAUGGUGUCUAUGGCUGUGUAUUUUUCGCUGACCGUAAAACAGAAGUCAGCUCGUUUGGUAGAAGUUGAUCUGAAUGAGGGCGAAACGCUUACGUAUCAAGUGGACCAACACAUCCAGCUUCAAGGAAGCGAUGUACAAAAGGGUAAAUAUUUUUCAUUUAUACUUGGCUUAUAUCUACCUUAUUGUUAAGUUAAUGAAGUAAAUUCAGUGAAAGUCUUUUUUGGUGCAGUUCUUCUUAAUUCUUCAAUAGCAUAUAAACUUUUUCAUGAAGUGUCCAUUAAAGGAAAAGUGUUUAUAUUUGAGGCGGCCCAAUGGCGUGUAUUGAAUGGGUCCUGCUAAUGUCAAAAUCAUCAUCCUUAUCAUUAUCAUCAACAUCAUAAACAUCAUGAUGAUGAUCAUGAUCAUGAUCAUCAUCAUCAUCAUCAUCAUCAUCAUCAUCAUCAUUGUCAUCACAAUCAUCCUUAUCAUCUAUAUAUUUGCCUUAUUGGCAUUGGCCUAAUUGCACCAACGUUGUCAUAACAACCAGGAAUUUCUUAGCCAUGCACAUAGCACGUUUUGAUAUUUUUUAUAAUCCUGAUAUCGCUUUGGCAGUAAAGGUGUAAUACUUCUUGACAUUUUUCUUCGUACUUUUUCGCAGUAACCAUCCGUGCGAUAGUGGGCAUCCGCGUUCUCAACAAGACUUCUGAGGAGUACUGGUUCCUAAUGAAAUUCAAGUUGUCCCUAUUGGGUGAAAAUCCGGCCAUGAAGGAGCAAAACAUAAUGACAGACUACUUUCUAGUUCGACUCCAGAUUGCCUCAAGGUAAAAGUAGUUGAAACUUACCAAAGCUAAUUUUUUACCCGCAGACUCAUUUUUUCACAGUUAUUCAGAACAACACCAUAAAACGUGAAAAGAAAUCUUCGACGGCUUUUAGGAUGUAGAGUUCCGAAAUUUCAUCUAUUGACGGUGUAGGUACAACUGUGAUUCUCCUCGUCUCGUGUAAGGGAUUCCGGAUUUCGGUAUCCGGGACAUUUUUGCUUGUGAAAUCUGGAAUCCAGGGCUUUGGAAUCUGGCAUACAACUCAAGGAAUGCGGAAUCCCACUAACGAUUGAAAUCCGGCUGAUCCAAGUUCCACUGACAAACANCAGUGAAAGUCUUUUUUGGUGCAGUUCUUCUUAAUUCUUCAAUAGCAUAUAAACUUUUUCAUGAAGUGUCCAUUAAAGGAAAAGUGUUUAUAUUUGAGGCGGCCCAAUGGCGUGUAUUGAAUGGGUCCUGCUAAUGUCAAAAUCAUCAUCCUUAUCAUUAUCAUCAACAUCAUAAACAUCAUGAUGAUGAUCAUGAUCAUGAUCAUCAUCAUCAUCAUCAUCAUCAUCAUCAUCAUCAUUGUCAUCACAAUCAUCCUUAUCAUCUAUAUAUUUGCCUUAUUGGCAUUGGCCUAAUUGCACCAACGUUGUCAUAACAACCAGGAAUUUCUUAGCCAUGCACAUAGCACGUUUUGAUAUUUUUUAUAAUCCUGAUAUCGCUUUGGCAGUAAAGGUGUAAUACUUCUUGACAUUUUUCUUCGUACUUUUUCGCAGUAACCAUCCGUGCGAUAGUGGGCAUCCGCGUUCUCAACAAGACUUCUGAGGAGUACUGGUUCCUAAUGAAAUUCAAGUUGUCCCUAUUGGGUGAAAAUCCGGCCAUGAAGGAGCAAAACAUAAUGACAGACUACUUUCUAGUUCGACUCCAGAUUGCCUCAAGGUAAAAGUAGUUGAAACUUACCAAAGCUAAUUUUUUACCCGCAGACUCAUUUUUUCACAGUUAUUCAGAACAACACCAUAAAACGUGAAAAGAAAUCUUCGACGGCUUUUAGGAUGUAGAGUUCCGAAAUUUCAUCUAUUGACGGUGUAGGUACAACUGUGAUUCUCCUCGUCUCGUGUAAGGGAUUCCGGAUUUCGGUAUCCGGGACAUUUUUGCUUGUGAAAUCUGGAAUCCAGGGCUUUGGAAUCUGGCAUACAACUCAAGGAAUGCGGAAUCCCACUAACGAUUGAAAUCCGGCUGAUCCAAGUUCCACUGACAAACAAUGGGAUCCAGUUCCUGGAAUCCGGAAUUCACAGCGUGGAAUCUUCAGUGCACGUUCCUAGUGAAUUUUUUUCCUAGUGUGAAUUUCCUACGAUCGCCGGGUUGAAUCGCUCGCCCAGAAAACUGCCUGAAACAAACUAAAGUGACAACUGUCCUUUCAAAUAGAUUUUGAUUUAUUUUAAAAUCGUCUUUUUUGAAACAUCACUCACACUCCAUUGCUUUCUCCUUGGCUGACUUGUUACUCAUUUUUUAUUUUAGGCCAACGAGCCCCCCAAGAAACAAAACCAGCGAGUCAUUUGAAGUUUUCGGGCCUCGAGACAUUCGUCCCGAUCUUCUCCGUGAAGUAUACAGCAUUUUAGAGCAACUACUCCCAGCCGUGCAACGAAACCUGUACGAAGAUGUUGACGGACAGAAAGCGGCAGAUUCGAAUUCACCCGAUUAUGAAGAAUCUCCUUUGCUUCCUUGCUCUGUUAAAAUGCACCGACAAGCAGUCACAUCAGACAAGAACGUAGUUCUUAUUAGGAAUCAUUUUGACCGCGCAGAUUUUGUCAACUUGUCCUCCGAAAUUGAUUUAGAUUUGAAAUACUCUGAUUCGGCGUUCAUUAACAAGAGCAAUGGAAUGAUCACAGAGAGCCGUGCUUAUUUUUCAGAAGAGUUGAAUUUCGGGGAACCAAUUCAUGGUAAUAGCAGUUCUGAUGUCAGAUCUUUGAAAGUAGCUAUGAAAAGCCUGGUUACUAUCAUUGAAUUACCAAACUACUUCGAACAGGCGGAAUCCGAAAGAGUAAAAGUCCACCUUUUCACAGGCCUCUCUCUUCCUAAGUCUAAGAGCACUUUUUCUGUUAAGGAAACUCGAAAAGUGCAAACAGGCCAAGCGGUUUCUAAUUUAACCCUAACACCACCGGAGAAUCCUUUGGUCAACCAAACGUACAAUUCAACCAACUCGUCGAGCAUUCUUCUUACACGAUCCCGACGAUCGACGAACUUAGCGUUCGAUUCCUCUUCCACACUGUUUCAAAAGAGGAUACUCGGGAUAAACGUAAAGGUCACCGCAAAGUAUAAGGUACAAGAAGGCGUCAAAGUGAGGGAGACUGUCGUUCUUCAUAUUGGAAGAUUUGACACAAAAUUAAUUGACGAGGAGUACACAUGGAGUCAAUUACAGCGGCAACAACCUUCUCGUAGCUCAUAUUCUUGA